AUGAGUCGACGACUCGAACAGGCCCCGCACAAGUGCCACAACUGCCGGCGCCGGCGGUUGGUCUGCGACCGAGCCCUGCCGACGUGCCGCAAGUGCGUGGUUGUGGGGCAGGAGUGUCUGGGCUACGGCAAGCUUUUUAUCUUUACCGACUCGGUGGCUAGCCGCGGUAGGCGGGCUGGCCAGACCUCGUUUGCGCCGCCGCCGCACCCGCCCGCUGUCGCUGCCGGCGCGCGGAGGGCCAGGCUGUCUCUGUCUAGUUCGCCAGUCGCAGCAUCUGCGUCCUCUUCGCCGCCAUCGGUGCCGAUUUCCAGCCCGUCGAGCUGCGAGCUGGUUCCCAGCCGACAUGGCAGCGCCAGCAGGUCUUUAAGCCCUGAGCCUUGGGGUCUCGGCCUUGAGGGUCUAGAUGGCCUAACUCUGCAUUCGUUGGUGGACCCUGUCACUCAGGAUUUUGACACUGCCACGAGAUAUUACAUGCAUUACUACGUGGAGAGGGUCGCGCGGGACCUGGUCGUGUACGACACCCCCAACCGGAAUCCCUUCCGCAACUUGGUGCCCCUGUGCCAAGGGCAUGCUUUCCUGCGGCAUGUCGUCGUCGCACUCGCCGCUGUCCACCAGGUCUCGUUUCUGCGCUCUCGCGGCCUGCCGUUUCGGGAAAAGCUACUAGACGCUCUUGCCGCCAAGCACAAGGCCAUCGUUUUGAUCAAGGACGCUCUCGAGAACCUGGGUCCCCACAACUACGGUGAUGUUCUCACUGCCGUUGUCUAUCUCAUCAACUUUGACCUGGUCGACUCGGGCCGCGACAGUUGGCAGGCUCAUGUCGUCGCCGCUGGUCGACUGAUAGCCAUGCUACGGCCCGCUGCCGUCGUUGCCGCUGCUGCCGCCGACCAGCCACCGUCAUCUGCAUGCUUGCCGUUCGCGAGAGGCUACCGCACUGUGGAUUCCUCGAUAGAAACUCUGCGCGACUAUGUGAUGUCGGACUGCCUCAGUUUCUUCAUCUUGGGCUCAACACUCGGCUCGUGGCAAGGAACUCGGGCGGGCGAGGUGUUUGAUUCGCUCGACGUCGUCUCGAUGCUUCUACGCGCCGAGGCCAACACGUAUCACUCGUGUCCCAGUGAGAUACUGGCAGCAAUUCUACGCUCGUCCCAGCUUGCCGCCGAUAUGCGCGGCGACGGCGACGACGGAAGGGGGUCAUCGCCGUCGCAGAAAGAGGCCGCAGCCGAGCUCAUGGGUCAACUACACGACUUUGAUGCGCGCCGCUGGGCCGAGUCGAUCAUCGCUGCCAAUGGCUACGACAGCGCCGACGACGCGAGCACUUUGGACAUGGUGCAAAGCAGGGAGCACAUGGCCUGCGCCCACCGGUCGGCCGCGUGCGCGUAUCUCUUGAUGGCCGCGUCCGAAGCCUUUGACGACGGCGGCGACGGUGGCGACGGUGGCGGCCCCGUACAAGCGGCGAGGACGGCCACCGAAGGCUUCGCGUCGGACAUAUUCGAGCAUCUGCUGUCCAUAUCCGAGACGGACGCGCUGUUCAAGGGAUCCGUCUGGCCCACCUUCAUCCUCGGGGCGCUCACGACAGACCCGGACAGGCGGGGCUGGGUGCUGCGCCGGCUGGAGCAGAUGUGGUUGAGCAUCUGCCCCUGGGGCUACGUCAAGACGGCCAUGGACACGCUCGUGGCGUUGUGGGAAUUUCGAGACGGCCGCGAGCAACCUUUGCCCUCUGCCGCGGUGCUCGGUGAGGCGCCAUCUGCCGACGGAAGGGAAGCGAUCCGGGGUGGAUGGCUCUCAGAGUUGAGGGCUCUCAAGAUCAACUGCUUAAUUGUGUAG